CUUCACUAAAAAUCGAAUGCAAAAGAUCAACAGAGAUUGUGAAUUCGUGCGUGAUAUUUCUGAAGUGCUGUAACGUGGCUGCUAAGUUCAUAUUUUCUGGAUAGAAAGUUCAAAUUCAUCAUUUUAUUAUUGGUUGUUGGAAUCUAAUUGGAGAAAAUGCGGUGGAGUUUGCUAGCACUUGCGUGCGUGGUGGUGGCCGUGUGUGCCGACGACAAGAAAGAAAAGGAUAAAGACAUCGGCACCGUAAUUGGUAUCGACUUGGGAACCACAUAUUCCUGUGUGGGUGUAUACAAGAAUGGCCGUGUUGAAAUCAUUGCUAACGACCAAGGCAACCGUAUCACACCAUCUUAUGUGGCAUUCACUGCUGAUGGGGAACGUCUCAUUGGUGAUGCUGCUAAGAACCAGCUGACCACUAACCCUGAAAACACAGUGUUUGAUGCUAAACGUCUCAUUGGUCGUGAAUGGAGUGACUCAACAGUCCAGCAUGAUGUGAAGUUCUUCCCCUUCAAGGUGGUUGAGAAGAACAGCAAACCCCAUGUCUCUGUUAUGACUUCCCAAGGUGACAAGAUCUUUGCUCCUGAAGAAAUCUCUGCUAUGGUCUUGACCAAGAUGAAGGAAACUGCUGAAGCAUAUCUGGGCAAGAAAGUUACUCAUGCUGUUGUCACUGUCCCUGCAUACUUCAAUGAUGCUCAGCGCCAGGCUACCAAGGAUGCUGGUGUCAUCGCUGGUCUUAAUGUUAUGAGAAUCAUCAAUGAGCCUACAGCAGCUGCUAUUGCCUAUGGUCUUGACAAGAAAGAGGGUGAAAAGAAUGUCCUUGUCUUUGACUUGGGUGGUGGUACUUUUGAUGUGUCUUUGCUCACCAUUGACAACGGAGUCUUUGAAGUAGUAGCCACCAAUGGUGAUACUCACUUGGGUGGUGAGGACUUUGAUCAGAGGGUAAUGGAACACUUCAUCAAGUUGUACAAGAAGAAGAAGGGCAAGGACAUCAGGAAAGACAACCGUGCUGUCCAGAAACUCCGUCGUGAAGUGGAGAAGGCUAAGAGAGCUCUGUCAUCCAGCCACCAAGUCAAGAUUGAAAUUGAAUCCUUCUUCGAAGGUGAUGACUUCUCAGAGACCCUGACCAGAGCCAAGUUUGAAGAAUUGAACAUGGAUCUCUUCAGAUCUACCCUGAAACCUGUACAGAAAGUACUUGAGGAUGCUGACAUGAACAAGAAGGACGUGGAUGAGAUUGUGUUAGUUGGUGGUUCCACCCGUAUCCCCAAGGUUCAGCAAUUGGUCAAAGAGUUCUUCAAUGGCAAGGAGCCAUCUCGAGGUAUCAACCCUGAUGAGGCUGUUGCUUAUGGUGCGGCCGUACAGGCUGGAGUACUUAGCGGCGAACAGGACACUGAUGCCAUUGUGUUGCUUGAUGUCAACCCUCUUACCAUGGGUAUCGAAACUGUUGGUGGUGUCAUGACUAAGCUCAUUCCUCGCAACACUGUCAUCCCCACCAAGAAAUCACAGAUCUUCUCUACUGCUAGUGAUAAUCAGCACACUGUCACCAUCCAGGUUUAUGAAGGUGAACGUCCAAUGACUAAGGACAACCACUUACUUGGAAAGUUCGAUCUAACUGGAAUCCCACCUGCACCGAGAGGUAUCCCCCAGAUUGAAGUCACCUUUGAGAUUGAUGCCAAUGGUAUAUUGCAAGUGUCUGCUGAGGACAAGGGAACUGGAAACCGGGAGAAGAUUGUCAUCACCAAUGAUCAGAACAGAUUAACACCAGAAGACAUUGAAAGAAUGAUCAAGGAUGCUGAGAAGUUUGCUGAUGAUGACAAGAAACUAAAGGAACGUGUUGAAGCUAGAAAUGAGCUUGAAAGCUAUGCCUACUCAAUCAAGAACCAGCUUCAGGACAAGGAAAAGCUUGGUGCUAAGGUCAGUGAUGACGACAAGGCGAAGAUGGAAGAGGCGAUCGACGCCGCGAUCAAAUGGCUCGAAGAUAACCAAGACACCGACGCGGAAGAAUACAAGAAGCAGAAGAAGUCACUUGAAGACGUUGUGCAGCCCAUCAUCGCUAAACUGUACCAAGGCACGGGCGGAGUUCCGCCCCCGGGCCCUGGCGGCGACGAGGAAGACUUCAAGGACGAGUUGUAACCAAACAGACUGUAAAGACCUCGUGAUUGUAGCCAAUGUGAUCUCGGGUCACUACAGAGUGUGCACACAGUGUGAAUGUUCCCGCUAUGUACACAUCCUGUAAUUUAACACGAAUAUGUGUUGUUGUGUAUAUUUAUUGUGUGAACCGACUAGUGGAUGGGGCGUGUGCGGCGAUCCUUGCAGAAUCGAGAUCUGAUCGAGUCACGUCGUUGCGCGCGCACGUGUGAAUGUGUGUGUAUGCCAGUGAACUACUGUAUAAAAUGAUGCAUUUUUAUUUUAGUAAAGCAAUAGUUUCAAUUGUGAAUCGAGAGGGCCUGUUUCCAUGACUGUAUGCGAUCGAUUCAUUUGUCUUCCUCAUGCUGGUUUGUGUCAAAGCAAAUGAAACCACUCGACAAGCAAUGAAUCUGCUCUGGAGGCUACCUCAGUGUUCUAUUAAUGUAUGUAUGUAAUGAGACUGCAGAAUUGUUAGUUCAUAAUUAGCUAACUAAUUAAUAAUUAUGUAGUAAUUUAAUUAUUUCAAAGAAGUACGGAGGAGUACAUAAUAAAAAAAGAUUUUCUAUGA